GUGACGUGAAGUCAAAGGGGCGGUCCGUAGGCGCGGUAGUUCGCCCUAACCAAGAAGAGAUGACCGAAGCAGAGGACUCCUCGUCGCCGCCGCCGCCGAUGGCGAGCAUCGACCGCACCCUCCACGCCCUCGGUUUCCAGUACACGCUAAUCUCGCCUGGGAAACUCACCGGCCGCCUCAAGGUCACCGAAACGUGUUGCCAGCCCUUUGACGUCCUAAACGGAGGAGUCUCGGCUCUGGUGGCGGAAUCGGUGGCCAGUUUGGGAGCCUAUGUGGCCUCCGGGUUCCGACGAGUGGCGGGCGUCCAACUCUGCACCAACCACGUCAAGGCUGCUCUGCUCGGCGAAGAAGUAGAGGCGGAAGCGAAGCCCAUUCAGGUUGGCGGAGCCAUCCAAGUUUGGGAGGUGCAGAUAAGGAAGAUUGACCCUUCUCCCUCGGGAAGCAAAGCAUUGUUAUCGACAUCGAAGGUCACUCUGUUAUGCUAUCGACAAGCGCCUCAUUCCGUCGAGGACUAUGCAGAGACUAUCAAGAAGUAUGCGAAGCUGUAAUCCAUGUCACUAAUUCUAAGUAUGCCAUGCUCCUGUCAUCCAACAUGUGUACCCUUUGUAUGAAAACAUUAUAUUUUUAGAGAGAAUAUGUUAGAUGAUCA